AUGGGCGGCGACGUAAACGACGAGAUUCAAGGAAUAGAUGAAGAUAUCCGCCAAAUUGCUCGAGAUCCUCAACAUGCAAAAUGGUUCACGUUGACGCCUGCGCUGGAGGAAAAGAAGCGUAAGGAAAAGGCAAGGAAGGAAAAGAGGAAGGCUUCACGACUCGCCUUGAAGACGACGACCGACCCAAAGACAGCUACUUCAUCAACUACCAAUGAAAUCUCAAGUGACGACACAUCCGACAAUGAAGACCAGCUAGCCGAGAAAGAGAAUGAACCACCCACAAAGAAACUGAAGACCCAUCCCAAGAUAACAGCAUACAUCGAGAUCAUCACCGCCCCGCGCACUCUCAAAGAGAAGCCGACGCCAUUAUCUCGCCGACCAUUCUUUUUCAACCUCGACACCACCCGCAUUGAAUUUCUGCAGUCACUCGCAUCCUGUUGCGCCGAGGGCCACUAUGCGCCUACUAUCACAUCAAUCAAUCAUCACCAACUUUUUUGGAAGCUACAGGUGCCCGCAAAUGACAGGAAACGGCCGCUCUCGACAGAGGACGGGUUUCACGCACUCAUCGACAAACUCGCAGACUUGAGCCAGAAGAAAAAGGACACAACAAUCAUCUUAUCGCUCCCUCCCCUCAUGAGGGUUGCCGCAAACCCAGCAGAUGUUGUGGCUGGUAAAAGAGGUGUUGAUCUCGAGCGGGAAGAAUUCAAGGAAGGGCCUUUGGGAUCAACAAUCCGAGAGCAGCAGCUUGCAGUUUGUGAGGGGACAACCGACAUUCUUGACAAACUUCGCAUCAACUAUCCUAUCGGCACGGAUAUGCGCUUCCCAGACAAGCGUGUCUAUUCUUCGGGACCUGAUGGCUUAUGGGAGUUGACGACAUUGAGGUUGCAGGUGUGGGCAAGUCAUAUCGCUAAGGGAACUGCAACCUUUGAUGCACCUCCCAAUAGUGUUCAUUUUUCCGAAUCUCAGAGGCUCCGCAUCCCAACAAAGGCGAGAGAAGCUACCAUGUUGCCAGUCGCUCCCCAAGCUCCCGUGGCUGUCCCUCAUUUCGCACCCAACCAAGGGUUCUACCCUUUCGGCGGCUUUCCUCCUUACUUCCCACCCCCAUAUCCUUACCCUUUUUAUCCACCCCCUGGUAACGAACCAAACGCUGCCCCAUAUCCAAUCCCUCCCAUGCACGGCCAUGUUCCUGGACCAUACCCAAAUGCCCCAGCCCCUCCUCUCACUGCUGGGCCCAACCUCAACCCGAACCCUUUGGGAACUCGACCUCACACUCCGGGUGUUGCACGCGACAUAGCCCCUGGAUCCGCGCCGACUUCUCCACUCAAGAUUGUGCUUCCACGACCUGUCUCCCUUGAUGAAUUCUGUGAUCACUAUGGGAUUGACGAUGAGGAUCGUGCAUGUCUAUCAAAACUCAAGGUGCAGCCUGGGGAUAGACGUGUGGAGAAGCUGGACCGUGAGGAUUGGCAAGGUCACGCCGGUUUCACCAAGCUGUCUUGGGAUGAUUUCAUCACCAAGCACAAGUUGUUUGUCACCGACGUGAGGGCAGGGAAAUGGGAUACGGUUUGA